AUGACAGACAUAAAAAUAAUUGAAGACAAAAGAGAGCUAGAUACAUAUCUAUCUAUCUAUCUAUCUAUCUGUCUGUCUAUCUAUCUAUCUAUCUAUCUAUCUAUCUAUCUAUCUGUCUGUCUGUCUGUCUAUCUGUCUAUCUAUCUAUCUAUCUAUCUCAGUCUCUUUAUUAUCUAUCAAUCUAUCUCAGUCUAUUCAUUACCUAUCUGUCUGUCUGUCUAUCUAUCUAUCUAUCUAUCUAUCUAUCUAUUUCAGUCUGUUCAUUAUAUAUCUAUCUAUCCAUUCUUUUAUAUAUUUCAGUCUAUUUUCUAUCUAUCUCAGUCUGUUCAGAUAUUUAUCCAUCUAUUACAGUUUACUUAUUAUCUAUCUAUCUAUCUAUCGAUCUAUCGAUCUAUCUAUCUAUCUAUUUCAGUCCGUUCAUUAUCGAUCUAUGUAUCUAUUUCAAAGUGUUCAUUAUCUCUCUCUCUGACUCUCUCUCUCUCUCUAUCUAUCUAUCUAUCUAUCUCGAGUGGCAGGAGUCUCACACUCUCUCUCUCUCUCUCUCUCUCUCGCUCUCUCGCUCACUCUCUGUAUCUCUGUCUCUCUCAUGCUUAA